GCACAAGCAUAUUUACUGUUUACGAAGCUGCUUCUCAGGAAGGCUGGGUGUUCCUUAUGUACCGAGCAAUCGACAGUUUUCCCCGAUGGCGUUCAUAUUUCUAUUUCAUCACCUUAAUUUUCUUUCUGGCCUGGCUUGUUAAGAAUGUUUUCAUUGCAGUCAUCAUUGAAACGUUUGCAGAAAUUAGAGUGCAGUUCCAGCAGAUGUGGGGGUCCAGGAGCAGUACUACUUCAACUGCCACCACCCAGAUGUUUCAUGAAGAUGCUGCUGGAGGUUGGCAGCUUGUGGCUGUUGAUGUGAAUAAACCCCAGGGCAGAGCUCCUGCAUGUCUACAGAAAAUGAUGAGGUCAUCUGUGUUUCAUAUGUUCAUACUAAGCAUGGUGGCUGUAGAUGUGAUUGUUGCUGCUAGUAACUACUACAAAGGGGAAAAUUUCAAGAGACAAUAUGAUGAAUUUUACUUAGCUGAGGUUGCUUUUACAGUUCUGUUUGAUUUGGAAGCUCUCCUGAAGAUCUGGUGUUUGGGUUUCACAGGAUACAUCAGCUCAUCUCUUCACAAGUUUGAGUUGCUGCUUGUAGUUGGAACCACUCUUCAUAUCUAUCCAGACCUCUAUCACUCUCAGUUUACGUAUUUUCAGGUUCUUAGAGUAGUUCGGCUUAUAAAGAUUUCUCCUGCUUUGGAGGAUUUUGUGUAUAAGAUAUUUGGACCAGGAAAAAAACUUGGAAGUUUGGUGGUAUUUACUGCCAGCCUUUUAAUCGUAAUGUCAGCAAUCAGUUUACAGAUGUUUUGCUUUGUGGAAGAACUGGAUAGAUUUACAACCUUUCCACGGGCAUUCAUGUCAAUGUUUCAGAUUCUCACACAGGAAGGAUGGGUGGAUGUCAUGGACCAGACACUGAAUGCUGUAGGACAUAUGUGGGCACCUGUAGUUGCUAUUUAUUUUAUACUAUAUCAUCUUUUUGCUACUCUG